ACGUCGCCCUCAGUGCGUGAAAAGCGGCCGGCCGGCGCGCAUCUUUAGCGCCGCGAAAAUUCAAUUUAUUUAAAAUAUAAACAAUAUUAGGACGAUAAUUAAUAAACUUUUAUCUCAAUAAACAAUUUUUAGUCAAUUAAAAAAAUAAAUUAGUGAUGUGACAGUGGACUUUAUUAAAUAAUUUAAUAUGAGGAAUGAAAAUGUCGAGUGUAAAUUUAUAUUUUAUGUCAGAAGGAGAAAAAUCUUUGUACACAACAACAAUGGCUAUGAAUGUAAACCAAAUAAGUGAAGUGACCGGUCAGACAGUAAAGAAAAAAUUACAUAUUUAAAAAAAAAACAAUGUGUCCAAUAAAUAAAUAAAAAAGUAUAAAAAAAAGGAGUAAAUGGUCGAGGGAAAGAAUCGGGAGCGACGUCGCCGGAAGCGAAAAGAAGAGAGACCGUCAGUCAGAAUAAGUGGGAGUGGGAGUGGGACCGGGACCGGGAGUAAAAAAGAAUCAAAAGUGGCGUCGACACAUAAGCGCGAGCAUAAUCACGAGUCCUGCGGGACUCGUAACCGCCGUAGAACUAAUGGCGGGUCGUUAUCAAGUCGCGGUAGCGCGACCAGUUUACAAUGUGGAUUAUGUGCCGUUUUGACGAGUCUUUUUCGACGGGCGAUGUGCAUUGCCGGCAGUAGACGUGGCUCAGGUGAAUCCUGUUAUCAGGAGCUUUCUACUGACAUGCAACAGCAUAAUGUUACUAAUAUACCGACAACAAUAACAACAACAACAACAACAGUAACUGAUAGUUUAUCUUGUCAGACACAACAAUUAAAUACUGAUGCUGAACGUCGCACUUCGUUUACUCAACGUCUACGUGAAUCUAUUGAUGAGCCAAGCACUGAGAUACCUAGGGAAGAUAAUCAACAAAAUGACGCAGUCGUACGUAUUUCCGAAGAAGCAGCAUUGCCUUCAUCAGGAGUAUCGCCAUCAAUUAUCGAUGGGUCAUCAUCAUACGAUAAUGAUCAAUCUUCACCCCCAUUACCGGCUCCAGAACAAGAUAUCGUAGAAAUAGAAUUAAACCGUCGAUUCUCCGAGACAGAUAAUUUACUGUUGGAAAACCUGAAUAUCGAGAAUAAACGUCACCGUCAUACUGGAAGAUUUCUUACGAUGCAUAAAAGAAGACGUAAAAAACUUACAACAAGAUCAUUAAAUCAAGAUCCAGGUCUUCUUGAUGAUAUUUUUCAUGGACAAGUUCAGUGCAUGCUGCAGAGGGCCGGUCACUGGCGUUUCAAUGCUUUCACCCUGGAGACAGUAUCCGGAGGUCGUUCAUUACCAGUAUUAUGUGUCCAUUUAUUUCAAUGGUACGGACUUAUUAAUCGUUUUAAUUUAGAUGUUGUACGUGUUUGGAAGUUAUUUGCUCUAAUCGAAGAAGGCUAUCACAGUACAAAUCCUUACCACAAUAGUAUCCAUGCAACGGACGUGACUCAAGCAAUGCACUGUUUUCUUCAAGAAGACAAGAUACGCAGACAUCUCACCAGCCUGGAAGUUAUGGCCUCACUUAUUGCUGCGGUUACACAUGACCUGGAUCAUCCUGGAGUCAAUCAACCAUUUCUGGUGGCUACCAGCAAUCACUUGGCUACACUUUACGAAAACACUUCAGUCCUGGAAAAUCACCACUGGCGGUCGGCAAUCGGAUGCCUCCUGGAGUCCGGUGUCUACCAGCAGCUUUCUCCCGAGCUACGGCCAACUCUCCAGCAAUACAUAAGCUCUCUAAUUCUCGCAACUGACAUAACGCGUCAACAAGAAUUUCUCGCGCGAUUCAAGUCCUACCUCGACACUCGCGAGCUCGACAUGUCUUCUCCCUCCCACCGGCAUUUCAUCCUCCAAAUAGCCCUCAAGUGCGCAGACAUUUCAAAUCCCUGCCGGCCAUGGGACAUUUCCCACAAAUGGUCACUCAAAGUCUGCGAGGAGUUCUUCCGCCAAGGGGAUUACGAACGGCAGUUAAAUUUGCCCGUAACUCCACUCUGCGACCGCGCCAGCAUGUCAAUUUCCAAGAUCCAAGUGGGAUUUUUUGAAUUCGUAGUGACUCCUCUCUAUCAAGAGUGGCACCGAUUCCUCAACUCCAGUCCUCUGAGUCUAAAAAUUAUGGCGAAUCUCAGGUCAAAUCAUCACCGCUGGCAGUCGCUAAAAAAUUCCGACACUCCCGUAUCCUCAUCUCCCAAUUCCCUUUCAAAAUCUCUCAGCAAAUCCAUUACCAAGCCCUCUCCCGAAGACAACACGAGUUUCAUUCGAGCUUCCUCCGAUCUUUCAAUCGAUUUGCCCUCCAUUACAAAUCCGCCAUCUUCUAUUGCCGCGUCUCUGGCAGUUCCCCUGAAUAUCCACGGCCGGCGUCACUCAGUUCCCUUGAGUCUAAACAAACCCUUAGUUAAUUCUCAUCGCCGCGAAAGUGUUCCCUGUACUCCCGAGUAUCCGAAAAUAUUUAAAAAUUCAUCAUUCAAUAAAUUAUCAUCCCUGUCGUUGCUUUCUACUCACAGUGCUGUCAGUUACAAUGAAGAUGAGCGACCUGUUAGCGCGGAAAAUCUUCUUCCGGAGCCAAGCAUCGCAAGUAUUACAAGUUCCGCUGCUGCAAGCAAACUCUGCGAGGUUCUACAGCCAGAACGAAGUGCUAAUAAAUUGACAAGACAGCAAACUUUUCCUCCAUUGCAGCCUUGCAAUCGAACCCGGUACAUGUCGACUACCGCGGAAAUGGCCCAGUUUCGGGUGGCCGAUCUUUCUGAAGAUAUUGAAAUUGAAAGAGAGGAAGAUGAGCAAGAAGACAUGGAAAUUGAUCGGGCUAAGAAGAAAUUGGCCAGUCGUAGCUACACUUUGAAUCCGGAGACUGUGAGAAGUGACAGUAAAUUUGUCGACCGGAGGUACUCGGUCCAGUCGAUGACGGGAAGUAAACCUGAUAAAGAGGAAAAGAGAUUGAGAUGUUACUCUGUUCAGGAUGCGACAGACACGGCGGUUAUUUAUGCGAAUUUGACCAGCAGAAAGGACUCGGGACAAUCGAAUGAAUCAGCGAGGGACCUGGAAGAGUUCAAGGAAGAAGACUGGACGGGUGAUGAAAACGCUCGAGAUGAAUGCGGGCCGUUGCCGGGUUCGGGGAAGGUCAGGGAUGAUCGGAGGUUCAGUACUCCCGUCGAUGGGAUCAAGGGAAUGAAUUUUGAGAACAGAAGAUUUACCGAGCCGAGAUUGGAGAGGGUUUUCUUUAUUGGGAGUCCGCCGGAGUCACCGCCGAGAAAAAGCAAUUCGUCGUCUAGUGACGGCAGCGAAAAGAGGAUCGGGGAGGAAGGAAAUUCUAAGAGAGAUGAGGUCACUAGAUUUAGAGGAUUGAAGAUUAUCAAGUUGGAUGAGGGCAGAAAAGAAAAUGUUGAUCCGCGGGGUGAAGAUGGAAAGGGACGCAGAAUGGGAUGGGCGAGAAGAGGUUCCGCUCCAGUUGGAUUGAUGUCGAGGAUUGAUGACUUUGGGGUGAGAAGUGACAGAAGACGGGGAUCUGUUCCUACGGAGACUGAACAAGUAACUGGACUCCGAUCAGCACUAGGACCGCGAGAAAAUGUACCUCUGCCUCGACGAGCCAGUCUCCCCCAAGAGACGGCGUUGACUAACAUCAUCGGUAUUCUAACCGUCGAUCGUGAAAAUUAUCCACUGAACAAUAACAAUAAUCAAGGAAUAAAUAACAACCCAGGAUCAAUUCAGCAAAUUCGUCUAGUAGAAUCGGGGCUCGUAACCACCGGAAAUGUCGGUGUUCCUUUAUCACCUCGCCGUGGGUCAGUACCAGCAGAUAUAUCUGAGUUACGUCGUGAUUAUUUUAUUCGUAACGCCAGUAAUAAUCCUAGUGUCAGUAAUAAUAUAUCAGCAGCACAAUUGCCACAGAAUAAAUCGAUAUCUCGUAAUAACCGUAAAAAAUCGUUGAGAAGACGUAGCUCUGGUGGUCCCGAAAUGUUUUCGAUACCGAGCACUGACGAUAAUGACAAUGGCUGUUGUAGCAACACAACCAGCAGCAAAUGGACUGGAUGGAAACGUGAUUUAAAACGUGACUCAAAUAUUCCAGAGCCUAGUGUUAAGCGACGCGGAUCAUUGCCCGUUGAAAUGCUUUCAGUAGCUCAUUCUGCUCGUUAUAAUUUUAGAUAAAACUCAUUAUUUAUUUAUUCAUUCAUUCAUUUAUUCAUUUAAUAGUUUAUUUAUAUGUAAAUACGCGAGUUUAUUGUAAAGUUAAUUGAUUAAUUAAUUCAUUUUUUUUAUUUUAUUAUUUAUUUUAUCGGGGAGGUAGAUUUUAUAUUUACGAUUUUGUGAUUUUUAUGAGCAUUCUCGAGCGCCCUCUUCUUUUGUCUCAUAUGUUAUAGUCGUCCUGACGAGAGCUUGGGAUUUUUUUCCCACCACGGUUUCUUCCCCCACCCUUCAAAUGUUGGUUUUAGUAGCUUUGGCACAUGCGCACAUUUAAUGGCGCAUGCGCUCAUUCUAAUAUUGUAGUGGUGGGGGGAAGAAACUGGUGGGAAAAAAAUCCCAAGCUAUUGUUGGGACGACUAUACAAUUAAUUAAUUAAUUAGCUUAAAAAAUAAGGUUACGUCGCGGUUAAUAAAACGUGUCACUAAAAAUGAGCAAUCGAAAUUAAGACAAUUUGGUUUAAAUUUUACUAGAAUAUAAAUUUGAAAAAAAAAAUUACUAUAUUAUUAAUUAGGAAUUAAAGAAAAUUUUUUGAAUAAAUUCGAAGUGUGCAAAUCGAAUUAUUCGUAACUUAUUCACAUUGUUCGAUUCGAAUUUGAAAAUUUGGAUCAGUUUUCAAAUAUUUAAUUUUUAUUUAAGGUUCGAGCGAAACUAGUGAGUCAAAGUAGUGGAUAGUUAUAAAAACUGGAGGUUUUUAAUCAGGAUUAGGGAACAAAAUUUUAAUUCGGUCAUUGGAUGAAUUAAAAAAGUAGGGGGGGCUUUAAGAGUGCCAUUAAUCGCUCGUUUCACUGCUCGGAAUUUAGUGAGGUUAGCGCGAGAUUCGAAUUUAAAAGUUAGGAUGUACGGACUCUUGAUAUUUUUAAAAGUUAUUUAUUUAUUGGAAAAAUUAGUAAGAUAAAUAAAAGAGCUCGUUGUUAGUUAGAGCUCAGUUUAAAUUUAAAUAAAUCUGGUAAGUAGUUUUUAAGAUAAGAUAAAAGCACUGAUUAAUGAUGCCAUCAAUUAUUGACGCCUCAAUUUAGCCGUUUAUUAAAUUAUUUUCAAUACUAAAAAUAUGAGAGAAUCUGAUAAUGUUUAAUAUAAAAUAAGAAAUGCUUACGGAAAAAAUAAAAUUUCCUCGAUCCGGGUAAAACAUUUUAUAAACUUUCAAUUUCUUAAAGAUUUGCCGGCUUUCAAACCUAAUUUUAUAUAUUAAAUUACCAGUAUAUUUUUUUUCCAAGUCCAUACACGGAAAAAAAAAUAUUGUGUUUAUCGCUCACCAACGGAGAGCGACAAGUGUAUCGUGAUUAGUUCUAAAUUGUAUUACUACUACCACAAUAUAUAUAUCGAUAUGAAUGAAACACUAGAUACUUAUAAUAAUGAUCCUACGGAUUGUGCAUAUACUUAAAUGUAUAGUGAUCGUCAGUUAACGUAUCCAUAUCGUACCAAAACGGAUCGUGAUUAUCGCGAUCUACUUCUCAAGCGCCACCACUCAUAACCAAAUUAUUAAACUUUAUAAUGCAUAUCUUGCAAAUUAUACAGUGUUUAUUUAUAAAAUUAUUAAUUAUUUAAAGUGCACAACGACAAUGAAAAAACACUAAUUAUAUAUCUAAUGCAAGAAUUUCUGUUUUUUAUCGAUUAAUUUUUUAAUUUAUCUUUGAAACAAAAAAAAGACUGUAAAAUUUACAUCAAUUAAUUACGUAUAUUCUAUUACUUAACAUUUCUUGAUAUUAAAUAAUAAUUUUUUAUUGCACCUAUUAGAAUUAUUAAUAUGUGAUUAUUAAUGACAGCUAAAAAUAAAAUUGUAAUGAAGUUAAAGUUGUAAAUUUAUCUAUUUUAACCUCCAAUUAGUUUUCAUAACAAAACGGAUCGUUAUUAUAGCGAAACGAUCUUAUGAUUUCGGGAUCCGCCUGGAUCGUGAUAAUCACGAUCCGAUAGAUCAGCACUUUCCGUAUACAACGGAUACCCAACCGAGGAGAGUGAAUAUCACGAUACCGUUGAGUGGUGAGCGCAAUAUUUUUUUCUCCGUGUAAGGUUAAAAAAAGUUAUAGAAUUGCUUAUUUUUUAUUGAAUUUGAAAUAUAAGGAGGUUAGUAAUUAGUACAGAAAAUGAAACUAACAUCUAUUAUUGUCAAAGUGAUUAAUCGAUAUCAAUCUAACCUAUUUUCUAAUAUUUAAUAAUUAAAAGUAAAUUUGAAUACUCGAUUAAUCGCGCAUGCGCAUCAGAGGUCUUAAAAUUUGCGCGGUGCGUCGAGAGUUAAUUAGACAUUUCAAUAAUUUAUGCUUCUGAGUGAUUCACUUUAGCAUUUUAUUAUUAAUCGUUAAUUAAAUAAUAUGUUAACGAAAAAAAUUAAUCGAAUAACUGAAAAUAUCAAUGAAAACUAAGGAUGAGGAAAAUUUUAAUAUCAACUCUAAUUAUGAUAGAAAAUUUCAAUCUCAGCCAUGUUUUUUCAAGUGUCAAUAAUUGGUGCAUUAAAAGAAAUAUUAAUAAGUAAUUAAUAAUAAUAAAUUUUUUUUAAAUAUUUUAGUCUUAAUAAUUUCCGAGUAUUUUUAAAACGAGAAUUAAUUAAUCGAUUCUUAAAAUGUUUUGUGUAAAAUAAAAGACUUGAAAUUUUUUUAAUUUAUUUAUUAAAAAAAAUUGUAAAAUAUUUUUUUCAAUUAAAAAAAAAUCCGAGCAGUGCAAAAAAAAUGACUUGACUAAAAAAAAAAAAUUGAAUCUCAAUUAUACAAAAUUAAUAAAUUAGCGCCAAAUUAAUUUGUGCCAUAAAAAAUUAAAAAAGACAAAAAAUAAAAUUAAGGAUUAGAAAAAAAAAUUAUAAUUGUUAUUGACAAUUAAUUAAUCAAUUAACUGAAAAAAAUAGUAAUUAUUAUUAAAGCCUAGACUAUGAAUGGAAGAAUUAAAAAUAAAAAUAAAGACUGGUAGAGAAAUAAUUUUAAAAAAUGAAUUAAUCAAUUAAAGGAUUUUAAUUAGACAUGCGUAUGAUUGGUUACUAGUAACUUUUGUUAGUAAUUAUUAUUUAAUAAUAAAAAUGAUAAUAAUUGAGAACAAUGAAAUUAAAAAUGUGACAUUUGCUCAUAUCUAAAAAAUAUUAAAUAAAUAAUUUAUAAAAAAAUAAUAAAUAAUUUUUCAAUUUAUUUAAAUUUUUUUGUUAUCGAAAUAUUUAAAAGUGUAUACGAUAAUAUAUAUUAUUAAUUAAUUUUAGACAUUCCCACCCUCGUAUGUUCAUAUAUUUAUAAUUCAUUUAUUAUAGGUUAUGAUUUAAAUAAUAAAUUAGCGUUUGGUACAAGAGUCGAAGGCGAGUGUAGCAGACAUUAGUAUAUUAUUCAAAUUAAAUAUCAAUAUAAUUGAUUAAUAAUUAAAUUAUAUCGUUAUGUAAAUUAUUAAUCAAUAAACAAUAAUAAUAAUUAGUAAUAACAUAGGGUGUAAUAACGUUUUUUUCAUCGAUAAUAAAAAACGUUAUAAAAUAUAUAAUAUAUAUAACGCGAAUCUCAAGUAUUUAAUCAAUUUCACUUCGCGUAAUUAAUAUUCAUAAUUAUAUCGCGUUACAGGAACCAUAAGAGUUCACUAACACAAAAUAUUGCUGUGGCGUGAACUUGUCCCAGGGAGAGAAUGAACUUCGGAGUCACUCCCACUACCAAUUAUUUCUGAACUGCGCAUGCGCAGAAAAAAGUGGGAGAAUAUUUAGUACACAGAACACUCAGAGUGGGGGUAAAACCGAAAAAACCCGAGGUACAUUCUCUUGCACGGGCAAUUUUAACUGUCGAUUGAGGGGGAGAGACUUUUGACAAAUAAUCGUUCGGAAUUUUUUUUCGCGCCCUCAUGAUUCUUGGGAUAGAACUGGGUUCCGUAAGGGCACGUAAAGUGUGAGAUUUUUUUUUUAAUCUAUGGGUUUUUUACUUAGAUGUUAAAAUAUUAAUGGAUACAAAAUUUUUUUUCUAAAUUUAAUGACCCAAGAAAAAAAAGUGAUAUGUCCUUAUGGCGCCUGUAACACGAUAUAUUAUCGACAUAUUGAUAAUAAUUAUAAUAUGGUUUGAAAAAAUAUUUACGAAAUCAAAAUAAUAAUAAUUAUAACAAUAAUGUAAUUUAAUUAUUAUUAUUAUUAUAAUAAUGACACUAAUCAUGCUCAUACUAAAAAAAAAAUCCUUAAUUGUACCUCGUGUAAUCCUUCCGUAAAUCAAUAAUAAUAAUAAUAAUACAAUCGAAGGAUUAUUAUUGGAUACUUUAGUAUUAAAGAAAAAAAUAAAAAUUGCGAUUAAUGAUUUUUAAAUAACUUUUUGUUUUCGAUUAAUCAAAUUCGUUUUUUUAAUUAAUUUAAUAAGAAUAAUUUUUUGAAAAUUAAAUUUUAUCUAAUGAAAAUUUUUUCAAUUAAACAAUCAUUUUUAGACAAUUGAUCAAUUAAUCAAUCAAUUGAUUAAUUGACGGAGACUUUAUACUCAACUGUUAAUCAUUUUUACGUUUUUUUUAAUUAAUUGAACUUUUUUUUUUAAAUAAAAUUUUAUGCAAUAAAAAUGUGAAAAAAUUUAUGAACAAUUAAUGAAUCAUUUAAUUAAUUAACGUUCUUUAUACUCAAUUGUAAAUAAUUUCUCUAUCAUUUGAAUUAAAAUUUUGAUUAAUUUAAUAAAUUAAUUAAUUAAAACAUUGAAUAAACGGAAUUAAUGGCUCAUUAAUUGAUAAUUAUAAUAAGUUUAAAUAAAAUACUGUUAAUCAGUGUACGGAAAGUACUAGAUUUGUAUUAAAACCCAAGCGCAGGAUCGCAUAUUUAAUUACUAACUUAUUAAUAAUUAAUUACCAAUUAAUAACUGUAAUUAAUAAUAAUUAGUGAUAAUAAUAAUAAUAAUUGACGACUAAUAUUCAUAGUUAUUUUUUUUUUUAUAAAUGUAAAUAUUUAUUUAUAAAUUGGACUAAAAAACAGAUUAAUUAAUUAUGUUUGAUUAAUUGAUUAAUAAGAGACCAAUUAAAAAAAAGGGACUAAAAAUGAAUUUAAAAAAUUUUAAAUAAAUUAUUUUAUUGAGAUUGUUUGUGAAAAUUUUGAUUGAAUAAGAAAUAAUGUUGCUAUUUUUUUUCGAGUGAUUAAAAUAAUAAUUAAUGUAAGCCAUUAUUAAAUAUGAGGAAUUAAAUUAAUUAACGGACAUUUAAAAAUUGUCAUUUUUUUUUUGUUUAUAAGUCAUUAAAUAUAAGAGAUAGAGUGAUUAAUAAUAAGACAUUAUUUGAAGAGAAAUUAAUUAUCUAUAAAUUAAGUUUUAUUAAUAAUUUACAUAUUUUUUAUAGUUAAUGAGUUACAAGUAAUUAAAAUAUGAAAUUUGAAUAUUUGAAAGCCGAAAUUUGCUCUCGUUAAUUCAAGUGCGUAUAACUAAUUAAAUAUCCGAGAUAGAGUAAUUAGUAAUCAGGUAUUAAUUGUAGAGAAUUUAAUAACCUAUCAUUUUGAUCUAAACGUUAAUUAACGUAUCUUUGAUAUUUAAUGAGUUAUUUGUAAUUAAAGGCAUGAAAGACGUAAAUGGCAAUUCGAAUAGAAAUUUUUAAUUAAUACUUUUAUAAUUACAAAUAACUCAUUGGAUAUUAGAGAUAGAGUGAUUAAUGAAAGGACGUAAUUCAUAGAGAAUUUAAUCAUCUACAAAUGAGAUUUGAUUAUUAAUUAACGUAUCAUUAAAAUUCAGUGAGUUAUUUGUAAUUAAAGAUGACAAGUGACAGAUUCAAAUGUUCAAUUAAUUAUAAUUAAAUAAUAAAUCACUGAUCAUUAUACAUACAUAUAUAUAUGAAAAAAACCAUACAAUAUACGUGAUAUAUUCAAUAGACAACCCAUAUACAUUGUGAAAGUAUAUUUAUCGAUCUUACAAAAAAAAAAAUUUCCACUUCCUUCCAUUAAGACUUCAUAGCAAAUUAAUUAACAAUUAAUUGAAUUAAUGGAUUUUAAAAAUCUAUAAACUUUUAAAAACUUUUUUUUAUUUAUUUUAUGCGUGAAAACGAAAAAUUAGUUAAUAAAUAAUUUAAUUCUUAGUCCCAAUUAUAUUGCUCAUUAUAUAUAUGUAUGUAUAUGCAUAUAUAUAUGAGCGAGAUGUACAAAUAUGUCAGAAGACUCGAAUUAAUUAAUUAUUAAAUAAAAACAACCAAUUAAACUGUGGCUGGCCCAUAGUAAUUCAUUAUUUAUUAUUAAUCAUUAAUUAAUAAUAAUUAUAAUUACAAUUAUAAAUACCAGUAAAAAAAUUUUUGUGAAUGUAUUAAUAAAUAU